CCCCCCUCCUCGUCGCGUGGGCGCGGGGCGCGCCGGAGCGGCCGGGCUAGCUCCGCCCCACCGCGAGCCUGGCGGCGGCGCGCACGCGCGCGCGGCGUCUGCCCUCAGCGGCUCGUCUCAGCGGGAGGCGGGCGCGGGCGGCCGGGCCGGUCAGGGCUGAGCCGCACCGCACCGCACCGCACCGCACCGCGCCGGGCUGAGCCGCGCCGGGGCGCGGGGCCGGGGCGCCAUGGCGUCGUGCGUGGGGAGCCGGACCCUGAGCAAGGACGACGUGAACUACCGGCUGCACUUCCGCAUGAUCAACGAGCAGCAGGUGGAGGACAUCACGCUGGAGUUCUUCUACCGGCCCCACACCAUCACCCUCCUCAGCUUCACCAUCCUCAGCCUCAUGGCCUUCGCCUUCACCAGGGAUGAUUCUGUCCCGGAGGAUAAUAUUUGGAGGGGUAUCCUCUCUGUGAUUUUCUUCUUUCUAAUCAUCAGUGUUCUAGCUUUUCCCAAUGGACCUUUUACACGCCCCCACCCUGCAUUAUGGAGGAUGGUUUUUGGUCUCAGUGUUCUCUAUUUUCUGUUCCUGGUGUUCGUACUCUUCCUUAACUUUGAGCAAGUGAAAGCAGUAAUGUACUGGCUGGAUCCUAAUCUCCGAUAUGCCACAAGGGAAGCAGAUAUUAUGGAGUAUGCUGUAAACUGCCAUGUUAUCACCUGGGAGAGAAUCCUCAGCCACUUUGAUAUAUUUGCUUUUGGGCAUUUCUGGGGCUGGGCCAUGAAGGCUUUGCUGAUCCGCAGCUAUGGGUUAUGCUGGACUAUUAGCAUCACCUGGGAGCUCACUGAGCUCUUCUUCAUGCAUCUUCUGCCUAAUUUCGCUGAAUGCUGGUGGGAUCAAGUCAUUUUGGACAUCUUGCUUUGUAACGGGGGUGGCAUCUGGUUGGGCAUGGUAGUUUGUCGUUUCUUGGAGAUGAGGACCUAUCACUGGGCAAGCUUCAAGGACAUUCACACAACCACAGGGAAAAUCAAAAGAGCUGUAUUACAGUUCACCCCAGCCAGCUGGACCUAUGUUCGCUGGUUUGACCCAAAGUCUUCUUUUCAAAGAGUGGCUGGAGUCUACCUUUUCAUGAUCAUCUGGCAGCUGACUGAGUUGAACACAUUCUUUUUGAAACAUAUCUUUGUGUUCCAAGCAAGCCACCCUUUAAGCUGGGGGAGAAUUCUCUUCAUAGGAAUUAUCACAGCACCCACUGUAAGGCAAUACUAUGCCUACCUCACAGAUACACAGUGCAAGAGGGUGGGAACUCAGUGCUGGGUGUUUGGGGUUAUUGCUUUCCUUGAAGCUAUUGUGUGCAUAAAGUUUGGACAAGAUCUUUUUUCCAAAACACAAAUACUGUAUGUUGUGUUUUGGCUUCUUUGUGUGGCCUUUACAACUUUCCUGUGUUUAUAUGGUAUGGUUUGGUACGCGGAAUACUAUGGCCACCGAGAAAAGACUUUGUCAGAAAGUGAAGACAGUCCAUACAGCCCAGAUGCUUCCUGGCUUCAUUCUAAAUUCUGUAGAGCAGGUGCUGACAAUAGUCCACCAAAACAUUCAGUCAAUAAUGAAAGCCAUUCAUCUAGAAGGAGGAAUCGUCACUCCAAAUCAAAAGUAACCAAUGGAAUUGGUAAGAAAUAAGAACAGUCUCUGAAGAUGCCCUGCAGUGUGACUAGAGAUGACAGAGGAAAUUGGACCUGACUCUGAUUUUAAAUUUAAAAUUUAGAAAAGGAGCUGUUGAAGAAAGCAACCAGGUUUUCAGCACUGAACAGGGCCUAGUGUCUUUCAAGGUGGAGCCACCAGUGUAUUGCAAAUCAUUGCCUGCUGUCAUGUGCCGUUCACUGAAUUAGAUUUAAUUUCUUCAGCAUGUGGCACCAAAAGCUAAUGAAGAGUAUGCUGGAAAGAAAAAAAUAGUUUUGUUAUAGCAGGUACACACUGUUUUAUGUUCAGGUGUUGCAAGGGAGUUUUUAAUAUCUUAGUUGAGGACAUAAACACGAAGGUUAGUAAACUGAUAAGCAGUUGGCAUGGUUGGUUGGAUAUUUUUAUUUUACUGUGUUUUUGUUUAGUUGUUAUCUAGAAAAGUAUGCAAUCGUUUGACUAAAAGCACCUCUGCCCUUCUUUCUCAGUGUGACAACUAAACUUUUCCAUUCAACAGUUAGUAAGUACAUAAAAAUUCCAUUCUUGUAUCCAGCUGUGUACUUUUAUUUAAAGGUUCUUUCAACCUGGUGACGGGGUUUUACCAGGUAAGAAAUGGGUCCACGUUUCUUGUGAAGGAUGCGGAUUGAUCUUCAAAUAUGGUUCUUUUGUUCUGUAUUUUCCUUCUGCUUGAUUGUUACACAUUCUAUUUCUUUAAGCUUUAAAAAAAAAAAACUGUGUGAAAACCUGUUGGAAAGUAGAGGGCUGUACCUCCUGCCCUCAGGGAGAGAUGUCGUGUCAUUUAGUAGGUUUUUCUUUUUUAUUGAGGUAUGUUUUGCAUCGUGAAGUGCAAGUUGCCAGAUAUGUCAUUCUUUCAGCUGCAUUGCAUUUUGUACAAAGUUCCUCUUCAUUCUCCUUUGAUUUGCCUCUGCCUCAGCUGGAACAAAGAAAUCCCAGUGCCUUUGAUUUUUAGAAACUGCUUUGAAGGCUCUGAUACCCUACUAAGCCUGAUGAGGAGCAGUUUUUCACUGAAUUUAAGUUGCUUACUACUCCUAGAAACAAAUUUGUGAAGGCAUGUUGUAGUGUUCGAUGUCUAAGAGAUAGCAUGAUACUACUGUGAUAUACCACGUUGUUUUGGUAUUUCUUGACGUGCUAUCAGAUAACCAACAGCAAAGUGACUCCCUUGUCUAGAUUUUUCUGGAAACAUGCUAGUGCUGACUUCUAGCAAAGUGGAUAAUUCUCCAGCAGUGAAUGUAGUGAUUAAGUCAGAGGCAAAUAUGCAAGAGCAAUCAGUUUUUGUAUUAAGUUAUCAAAACACUUUUGUGCCAACUAGAUUUUUGGGAUUCAUGGGGUUCAGAGAGGUGGGUAGGUUAAGCAUGGAUAAAUAAUAUCCAUUAGCCACUUGUUUUCAUAAUAAACUGGGAUUUCCUUUUUCUAUGAACAAUGUUACUGUGAUUUGCCAUAGAGUAUGUACUAAAAAAUACUGCAGCAGAGACUUUAUACAAGUGUAUGAUACUGUAAAUAGAAAAAUGUAGCCCAUGUGAUCCAUAAAAUUUGUAUGUGCCACAGAUUAUCAACAUUUUCAAUGCACUUACUGUGUUGCUACUGAACUCCUCAGAGGCCCUAUGUUUCCCAUCCCCCCUUUCAAUCAAACACAACGUGUACAACUUCAGAACUAACAUAGUGGAAGCUGCUAUAUCAUUGUUGCUAAAGUGACAUUAAAUGUUACAUGAGAAAAAUGAUAGAAACAUUUUCAGACUUUCCUACAAAUAUUCUGCUUUCAUUCAUAUUAGCAAUUCCUUUGUAUUGUCUUUAUUUGUGGUGCACUAUGUAUUGAUGAAUGUAUUUGUAGCUUUCUUUGGAUAUUCAGACUUGUUAAUUUUUUGUUGUUUUGGUUAAUACCUCAGUCUGUAUAGGGCUGAAGAACAGCAUUGUAAAUUUUCUAUUGAUUCAAUACCAAAGCAAGAGGUUGGAAAAUUAAAGGUUUAGAUAUUUUAAGUACUGUUGUUUUUAAAGGUGAGAGCCUGUUUUGUACUGCAAAGUGUAUAUGCAUCAAUUGUGUAUACAAAGCUCACUUGUGCAAGCAGGUGCUGAAGUGCAAUGUCUCCUUGCCAGUGUAUGGUGGGAACAAGCACACAUUUUGUAAAUGCAGAACUAGUGCUCGCACUGCCAAAUCGCACCCUAAAAAUAUUAAAAAGGCAAAUAUGAAGUGUCAUCUUGUUGGAAGUUGACUUCUUAGACAACUACAACAGCACAGACCUUGAAGAAAUGUUGUUUGACAACACCUUUUAAAUAUUUCCCAUGAUGUAUUUUUACUUUUUUUUUUUUCUUACUACUUUUUAAGGAGGGAGGGCUAGGGAGAGGGGAGACUAAGUAAAUUUGUCAAGUGCUUCUUGUCCUCUGUCAGCAGUUCUGGUUGGAAUUCACAUGUGUUCUCACAAGUCCUCUGCUGACUGAGAACUGCAUUUUCUGCCCCAUCUUCUUUGGAAGUGAACUUUGCACAGGCAGACGUGGGAAAGGUGCUUUUGAUCACUGCUGUAAAUCUAAAGUGAUCCCAAGUUUAUCAUUUACUGCACUAUUGCUGAAUUUUGUAUGUGCGUAGCACCUGAAAUGACAAAUCACUGAGCUGUUUAGUAACUAGCAUCCAUGUAUGAAUUCUGCUGCUUGAACAGUAUUUUGUAAUAGUCACAGAUGCACUGUUCUCUUUUUAACUACCUGUUCUAUCGCAUUCUCUUAUUCUUACUUUCCUGCCUCUAAUGUUCUUUUUUUCUGUCUCUGUCCUCUAGUGAUCUCCCCCUCUGCUAUUGAGAGAUCUGAAUUUGCCCUCCAGAGGCUGUCCAGCAAUAACGUCAGUCAUUGAAGGGAGGCUAAUUCAGGGCAGCAUGGCAUAAGCAGAGGGUAGUGGCAAGAACUUUAAGUUGUGGAUUAAGUAGAGAUGGAAAGUUUUAAGAUGCAGGGAUAAAGAGCUAGCCAUGAGUACUGGAUUCCAGUAUUAAAGUUACUGUAUGGAUCAUAUACAGUAUCUAAUCAAAUAUUUGGAGUGUGAUUUCAACUAGUGCUUUUGUUACUCUUUUGUGAAGAUAGUCAUUUGAUGUUCCAACAGUUAAAACCUUGCUUUUUACCAUGUUAUCACAAGAGGACACAGGUGUAACUAUGUAUUUAAUAGUUUUGAAUAGAGUUGCUCUGUAUUGAUUGCAAAGUAUUGUAUUUUGCAGUAACUCAGUAAAUCAGCCCAUGUCACCGG